AUGGCGUUCAAAGGUGAUGUAGCUUCCUCAAAGAAAAGCGUGCGAAAAGAGACCAACUACUCGAAGGAAACUUUCACGUGUAAGGCAACACUUCUAAGGUCAAAUUAUAGGGAGCGUCCGUAUCCAAAUCUAAGCCCAGUUAAAGGGAUGUGGGACACGAUCGGACAGUCAGAAAUUAAGCCAUACGAUAGCCCUUUAGCAUCCGCCUAG